AUGAAAUCAGUGCUCCUUACUUUAGCCUUCAUUGGCAUCGUUGCCGCCGGUCCCGCCGGUCGCUUCAUUAAUGUUGGACCUGCUAUUGUUGAUCCCGUUGAUGUCGGACCUGUCAUCAUCGACGAAUCCCCCAUUGAUGUUGGACCUGUCAUCAUCGACGAAUCACCCAUCGAUGUUGGACCCGUGAUCAUUGAUGAAGCCCCCAUCGAUGUCGGACCUGUGAUCAUUGAUGAAGCCCCCAUCGAUGUCGGACCUGUGAUCAUUGAUGAAGCCCCCAUCGAUGUUGGACCUGUGAUCAUUGACGAAUCACCAAUCGAUGUUGGACCCGUGAUCAUUGACGAAUCACCAAUCGAUGUUGGACCUGUCAUCAUUGACGAAUCACCCAUCGAUGUUGGACCCGUGAUCAUCGACGAUGCACCAAUCGAUGUUAACCCUGUUAUCGUUGAUCCCAAGCAAAGACCUCUGGUCCAAGUCAUCAUUAACGUCAAUUCCAAAAGCCAACCCGAAGUUUCUCCGAUCGAUGUUGGUCCCGUUAUUAUUGACCCCAUUCCAGAACCUCAACCAGAACCUCAACCAGACCCCAUAAUCAUUCCCGAACCAGUAUUCCCUGAACCUCAACCAGAGCCAAUCGUCAUUCCUGAACCAGUAUUCCCUGAACCUCAGCCCUCUCCCGUCAUCCAAGAAGCCGAAGCUCUUAACUAA